AUGAGAGAUUUGUGCAGGAAGCUCUUCCAUAGGAAAAAACUCAAUUCUCCAACAUUGCCAUCUUGAAUGGAUUUAACAAAGAGUCAGCUGCAAAGCGCCCUCUUUGAUCCCUUUGACAAGGAAAUCUUCAGAUAUUCUCGACGCCCCAGCGUGUCUUGAUGGGUUGUCUCAACCUCACUGGUGGAAAUGAGACUUUUCUUGGGAAGCACCCUUUCAGCGUGCAGAUCUCAGUGUCGCUCACAUUUUUGGUUUGUAUGCUCAUCCUGCUAACAGUGUUUGGCAAUGUGAUGGUGGUCAUUGCGGUUAUCACAUGCCGAGCUCUGAAGGCGCCACAGAACUUGUUUUUAGUGUCUCUGGCAUGCGCAGACAUUCUGGUUGCCACCUUAGUUAUGCCAUUCUCCUUAGCCAAUGAAUUGAUGGGCUAUUGGUACUUUGGUAAAGUGUGGUGUGAAAUCCACUCUGCUCUUGAUGUGCUCUUCUGUACGUCAUCAAUCAUCCACCUGUGUGCAAUAAGCCUGGACAGGUACUGGUCUGUCACUAAGGCCAUUAAGUAUAAUUUAAAAAGGACUCAACGAAUGAUUAAAUGCACUAUUGGUUUGGUUUGGGUCAUUGCAGCCAUUAUUUCAUUCCCUCCACUUAUAACUAUGAAGAAGAACAGGGGAGAAGCAAACAGCCCUGUUUGCAAAAUAAAUGAGGAGAAAUGGUACAUUUUGUUCUCCAGCAUUGCAUCUUUCUUUGCACCCUGUGUCAUUAUGAUUAUGGUGUAUGUAAAGAUUUACCAGAUUGUCAUUAGGAGAACCAGAGCUCCACCAGGAGAGAAGCAAGUAAAGAAUGGCAACUCCCCACAAACAAAAGACAGAAAUGUGGAUGAUUUAAACGACGUGAAAAGUCAGGGGAUUAAUGGACUUGACAUGGAUGAGGAACCAUCCUCAUCAGAUGGGAACGAAACCUGCCUACGCUCUCUGAGCAGAAAAAUCGAUGUGAGGAAGACCGACGUGACUGAAGCGAAGCCAGGAGAAGCCUCUCCAAAAGCAGAGGCACUGUCUCCCUUGAGAGUGAGCAGGUGGAAAGGGAGGCAGUACAGAGAAAGACGCUUCACCUUUGUUCUGGCUGUGGUCAUGGGAGUGUUUGUUCUCUGCUGGUUCCCCUUUUUCUUCACAUACACACUUACAGCUGUGUGUGACAUCUGCUGCGUCCCAGAGACACUGUUCAAAAUGUUCUUUUGGUUUGGUUACUGCAAUAGCUCAUUAAAUCCUGUCAUUUACACAAUAUUUAAUGAUGAUUUCAGGAAGUCUUUUAAAAGAAUUCUUUGUAAAAAAGACUUAAGUUUUUAGAUAAUAUUCUUUAUACCAUUUAAUGCUAUAUUUGGCUAAUGUUCCUUUAAAACUAUAGUUUGUUUUUACUUUUUCAUGGCUAAAAUGAUGGUAUUGUGAAAGCUUGCAAUGUUAGAUUUUAAUAUUUUAAUGUCACGUUAUGUUCAUUUUUUCUAUUUGUAUUAUCUGCAAGGUGAAGAUUUUAUUUUGCAGUUCAACAGUCUUUAUGACAAAGGAGUCUUACAUCAAUAAAAUCGAUGUGAACAUUUUGAUAAUGAAAGACAAAAGAGCCUCAUAUUGCAAAGAAAUGCCAUGCUAGUUCCCCUAUGCUGGCUCUAACACACAUUUUAUACCGUUUUGAAAGGAGAAUAAUUCUUGUGUUGAUUGUGCAAUAUGCUAAAUUAACAGAUAACCGCCCCUUAUGUCACUUAUUUGUAAAUUAGCACGGAUGUCAGUGUGAUAAUGUGCCCAAUAAUCUGCUUUCACUCCAAGCCUAGGACAGAAAAUUCAAUUUUGCAAAAUAACAAUUUCCUAAUUGCUGUUGGAUAUUAUAAAAAAAGACUGGAUACAAUUAGAAAUGUCUUUUGCUUUUGCUCAAAGCAACAUCAAUAAAGGUACUUAUCUUGAGUCACUUAACCUAUUCAUAACAAAACAUUACUACCAAAUCAAGUCAUUUUACAAGUUUUUUUGGUUUUAAAUGUAGAAAUGUAAUCUGGUUUGUUCAGCAUUUGUGUCAUUUGAAAACCAAUAAUUUUAUUUUUUAAUUUUUCUUGAGCUGUACUUCAAGUAUUGCUGGUUUGAUACUUAAUGAUACUU